UUUAUUUUUCCUUUUGAACUCUGAAAACAUUGCUUCCGGAGGACAGCUCGCGGUGCAUGCAGAGCAAAGUGUGCAGCAGUCGACAAGCCAGCUCCUGCGGGGCCCUUCAUGCUCGCUCUUCCCGGGCGCCCGCUACCCGCUGGCGCCCUCUACCCGCUGGCACUGAGCGGGCCACCUUGUCUCCGGAUCUGCCUCGCGCAGACCCUCCAGCCUCCAACGCCUCACCUCAUCCCUGCCCAGCGCCCCGCCAAGAAUCUCUUUAUUCUGAAAUUUCAUCAGGUGUGGACAGAUGGAAUCGCCACUUAUAUAUGUUAUAAUUUUGCUUUUGAAUAUGUUGGAAUUUUCAUCAGGAAUGGUAUAUGAUAAAGAUGUUAUGGAGAAACAUUUUGCUUGUUCUAACCAAGGGCUCCCCAAAAUUAAUGAAAUAAUGAAGUUGCGUCUAUCCUCAAAAAAUUUGAAAAUCCAGUGUUUUUUCCGAACGGAGAAUGAGCUUAUUUCCAAGGAAAUGCUAAGUACGUUCACAUCUGGAGGACUUGCUCCCACCUUGGAAAUCAUAAAUAGUACAUAUCAUGGCAUCUUCCACUUUAAUUUAACAUUGUUGAAUGAUCGGAUUUUCUGGUUAAUUGAUAUUCCUAGAGAAAACAUCACAAGUAACACGGAUAUUGCUGCUGUAGAAGAAUGGUUAGUAAAGAUCACUUUACAUCAAGGAUUAAAUAUUUAUGCUAUUGAAGGAACCCUAUUGGAUAGUGUUCGAGAACCUAUUCUUCAGUGGAAUCUUGGGGAUGAAAUGUCAUCACAAGAGAUCAGUGUAUUACGUCCACAUGUGAUAGAUCUCAAAGUGACAAAGUGCCCCUGUGCCAAUGAUAUAGCAUUACUUGGCUUCCUUUUGAAUACAAUAUAUAAUGGUGUUUACAUAGGCCUCAGCUCAUCUGGAUUUUGGCAUUAUAGUGAUACGGUGUGGUAUAACAUGACAAAUAUCAUCUAUUCAGCCCUUCGAAGAGAAUACACAGGAUUAUCAGUGAUGGAUAUGGUUUUAACAAAUCAUUUUCUAGUUCUCCUUACCUCUUUGGGUCUUUUUGUAAGUGGAGAUCUUCGUUACCCAUCAGCCAAAGACUUAAAGCUUUCCAGGGCAGAAUUUUGUGGUUUUGAAAGGGUUGACUAUGUCAAAGGAAAAUUAUGGUAUAAUGAAAGGUGUUUUGCUAACAGAGAACAUUUUGAAGUUGAUUAUGUUACUAUCACCUUUGACAGAAACAAGACCCUAAGUGAGGCAAGCUCUUGUUUUUAUAGUAAAGAACCAUUUCUUGAGUGGUUAUCUUGCUUACCUCAUGUUUUCGAUGAUGUAAAAAAUACACUUCCAAGUGAGAUAACAUUUCUUAUUGACCAAGAGCAUAAUACGGGAAUUUACCUCUUCUAUGACCAGCACAAGAAAACUACCACAGCCUCUGUGAGCAUCUUAAAAAACAACCAACCAAGUGUCACACCAAAAUUCCCGCCGUUCCAUUUUCCUUCCUCGUUCUCUCACCCCGUUGGAAUGGUGUUUCAUCCCCGAAGCCACUUUCUAUAUGCUUAUGGCAAUCAGGUAUGGCUUUCAAUGGAUGGCGGCAACACUUUUAAAUUAAUAGCUGACUUUCAUGGUGACAUAAUAAAGAAGAUUUAUCAUUGUUUUUAUACUUCAGAUGUUACUUUUGUUUCCCAAAGUGGAAAGGUUUACCUGACGAAGGCAGGACUAGGGACAUACAGUGAAAUUGGAAUUGUUACCGAUAAUGUUUUCACAUUAUACUAUGAUCACUUGGGAUUCAUACAUAAACUGACUCCAACUCACUUUGAAUCCUCUGAAAAUUCCAAAAUUUUUGGACAGCAGGCUCCUGAUAUGGGCUUUGAGACUGCACUUGCUCUGCAGUAUAUCUCCCCUGAUGAAAUGAUCUUUUUUGCAUAUGUACCUCCAAAUGAACCUCGGGAAACUAUACACACCAAGAAGUUUAAUAAUAUGCAUUUUGGAAAACUGAUACACUCCAGUAAAACUGGAACAGCAUACAUAAGAAAGAUACUACAACAUGAAACUCCUAAAGAAUUUUUGUCCUCAGUUAUUGUGGAAAUGAUACAGCCUUUUGGAGUAGAAGAAGUAAAUGAGAGCUCUUGUUUGUCUAGUUCUCUUGUCAUAAAAGAAAUUAGAAAUCCCUUCUAUAAACUUACUCUUGAUUUACAAUCUGUUAACGCCUUGUUUCAAGCUACAGAUAUAGAGAAAACUGUGGUGAUUCCUGGUUACAGCAGCUUCCUGAUCACAGAAAUUUCAGAUGAUAAGAAUGCAUUAGCUAUUGCUACCAUGCCUGCAAUCGCACCCAACAAUGUAACCUUUUUAGAGGGUGACUGGUUCUUGUACAACUUUGGGCAAAGGAAUGGACGGACAUGGAAUAUAUACUCAAAACCAUGUCAUUAUGUGCUUCAACAACUUGAUGAUUCACCAACCCUGAAUUCUGUGAAAUACAUUGAUCUGGGAAGCUCUCAGUCUUUAGGAGUUAAGGUCGUACCUAAUAAAAAAGGUCUCAAAACACUUCAAGUACCAACACUGAAAGUAUUAGUUGGAAACCCAGAAUUGUUGGAAGUUAAAGUUGAAGGCUCUUUUGAUGAUGCUGAUAGUUAUCUAAUGAAGAUUUCCGUAACUAGCAAAUCUUUUCGUCAAGGCUCCACUUCACUAGCAUUGAUUAUCUGGGGAGCAUCCACUGAAUGCUUUGUGACAACGCUGGUGCCAACUUUGAAAAGCAGCUGCAGCUAUCUCACUUCUAUGCAUCAUGUUCCUAGCCAACAUAUCCCAUAUGAAGACUGGAUUAGUGGAGUUCACAAAGACAGUCAGGGUUUUAAUCAGAUCAAAACCUUGCCGGUAAACUACAGGCCUCCAUCUAUUAUGGGAAUUGCUAUUCCACUCACAGAUAACUUUUAUCAUGCAGAUCCUAGCAAGCCCAUACCAAGAAAUCUAUUUCACAAGUCAAAGGUUCCUCGUUUUAAGUUUCCAGUUACACAAUAUCCAAUUUCCUUGGAAAUUUUCAGUGACAAUAAAUUUGUUCCAGUGAAAUCUCCGUAUUUUGUUACUGUGACUGAAGUGAAUAGGAGGAAAAACUGGCAACUAAAACACACUAUACCAGAAAAUAUGAAAAAAAUUAAAAAUUACUUAGAACCAAUUCUUCAUACUUCAGUGUAUAAUCCCUCAGGUCUCAAUUUAAGUAUAAAGGGCUCUGAGCUUUUUCACUUCAGAGUGUCCAUCAUCCCAGGGGUCACUUUUUGUAACUUAGUUGAAGAAUUUCAGAUUUAUGUUGAUGAAGUACCAUUGCCAUUUCCAGGACAUACACUUAUUGCUGUUGCAGCAGCCUUUGUGCUAGGGGGAUUGAUUUUUGCAGCAUUUAUGCUUCAACUGCAUAACAUCCACCCAUGGAGGGCAUUCCAAAGAUGGAUUAGAAGAAAAAAAUCAGCUGUGUCAAAUAACCCUGUCACUUAAACUGGCUUACAGAUGAAAGUCUAGAUAGCAAAUGAUAA